AUGGGUGCCGUAUGCUGUAAACCAGAGGUCAUCGACUUCGAUGGUCCCGUCGAUCUGUACCACUUCUACCUCUUGCGAGCCGUCGGCAAAGGCGCGUUUGGCAAGGUCAGAGUGGUUCAGCACAAGCAGACCAAGGACCUGUACGCGCUCAAGUACAUCAACAAGGCAAAGUGUAUGAAGAUGAAGGCCGUGUCCAACAUCAUCCAGGAACGGCGGCUUCUCGAGGAGAUCGAAAGCCCCUUCGUCUGCAACUUGCGGUAUGCGUUUCAAGACGACGAGAACAUGUUCAUGGUUCUCGACCUUAUGCUGGGCGGAGACCUGAGGUUUCACCUGGACCGGACGGGCAACAUGAGCGAAGAGGUGGUCCGCUUCUACGUGGCCGAGCUGGCCGUCGGGCUCGAUUACCUUCAUCGCCUCCAGAUCGUCCAUCGCGAUCUCAAGCCGGACAACGUGCUGCUCGACGAAAAGGGCCACGCCCACCUCACCGACUUCAACAUCGCCGUCCACUUUUCGCCGCGGCGGCCUUUGACCAGCAUUGCCGGCUCCAUGGCCUACAUGGCGCCCGAGGUGCUCGCCAAGCGCGGCUACCUCUCGUCGGUCGACUGGUGGUCUUUGGGUGUCGUGGCCUACGAGCUCCUCUUUGGCAGGCGUCCCUUCCGCGGCAAGACCAACUCGGCCCUCACACAUUCGAUCCUCAACGACAAGUGCAACUUUCCCGAGAAUGUCGAGAGCAUCGUCAGCCGCGAGACGAUCAGCUGCAUUCGCGGCCUGCUGGAACGCGAUCCAAAGAAGCGGCUCGGGUGCAAAAGCGGCAUCGACGAAUUCAAGGCGCAUCCCUGGUUCGCCUCCAUCGACUGGCCUGCGCUCGAGGCAAAGACCCUCACGCCGCCGUUUGAGCCAGAUAGCAAGAAGGCCAACUUUGACGCGACUCACGAGCUCGAGGAGCUGCUGCUGGAAGACAACCCGCUCAAGGCCAAGAAGCGCAACGAGAAUGCAGACCUGAGCUCGAUGCCACCAGAGAUGAGGCAGAUGGAGGAAUACUUCCUCCCCUUCGAUCACCUCAAGCAGCGGCGGAAGUCGUACUUCAAGCGACCCACGCAGACGGACCCGCACACGGUCUCGCAGAUGUCGAGCCACACCCUGCAGGAUCAGCCGUUGGCCGAGACGCAGCCACGCCUGAGUCGGCCUUCGUCUCGGGCACCCAGCCCCGGUACCUACUCUGCGUACCAGGAGAAGGAUGGCCAGGCUGCGGGGCCCGCGUCGGCAUCGGCGGCCGGCGGCUCGGCGCUCGGCGCAGGACUUCACGCCUACCCGCCCAGCGGCCACGUCGAGGAGCGCGAGGUCAUGGCCGAUACGCCACACCUCGAUCGGAGAAGCCACUGGCAGAACGGCAACCCGGGCACGGGCGCGCCAGGACACGGCGACGCCUACCGCACUGCAGGUGGCGGAGCCAACGGCAACGGCAUGGCAUCCUACGACGAGAAAGUCGGCUUGGCCUCGUGA